AUGAUUCUAUGCUGUAAAUGUGGGAUACUUAUUGAGCCAAGGCUGAUGAACAUGUGUGACAGAUGUUUAGUUACCGAGGUUACUAUAUCUACAAAAGUGAAGAGAAGCCUUUCUGUAGAGCGAUGUAGGGGGUGUGAGCGUUAUCUUCAACCGCCGAAAAGCUGGAUGGAGUUCUCUUGGGGGUCGAAGGAGUUUCUAUUGUUCUUAAUAAAGAAGAAUAAAACGCUCAAUGGGCUCUGCAUUGUCGAUUCGAAUUUUAUCUAUACUGAACCCAAUUCAAAGAGGAUUAUGAUAGGACUUACUAUCAGGGAGUGCGGGAUAGAACAGCCUUUGGAAAUGAAAUAUGUUAUUAGGAAUAUGCAAUGCCCGGACUGUGCAAAGGUAGAAGCAAAGCAGUUCUGGAACAGUUUGGUGCAAGUAAGGCACAAAGGUAGACAUAAGAGGAUGAUGAUAUAUUUGGAGCAUCUUGUUCUCAAAAAUAGUGCAUAUGAGGACACCAGCAAUAUAAAGCAAAGGAAGGAGGGACUAGACUUCUAUUAUGUUGAUAGAAAUGCAGCAAUAAGAAUGGUGAACUUUCUACAAAAUGUUCUUCCUGUUAGAACCAAGAUGUCUGAAAGGUUGAUAAGCAAAGACGUUCAUACUAGCAAAUGUAACUACAAGUUUAGCUAUUCUGUUGAAAUUGCUCCGUUGUGCAAGGAUGAUCUGGUUGUUGUUGGGGAAAAGGUUAAACAGAGCCUCGGAAUUGGAAGCCUGGCGGUUAUCCAGAAGAUAGCUACAAGUAUUGUUCUCUUUGAUGUGAAUGCUAUGAAGAGCGUAAAGAUUGCAGGGUCAUUUUAUUGGAGCAACCACGAUGAAUUCAGAAUACUUAUGAGCUCGAAAGACUUCACAAGGUACACUGUUGUAAUGAAGAAUAGCAGAAGAAGAGAAGGAAUAGGAUACGAUCUUACUGUGACAUCUAACCAAAACGAGUUUUCUGAGGCACGAUUCCAUCUUGGAAAUGUAGAAGAGGACGAUGAAAUGCUAGGAUAUGAUCUCCGUCAUCUGAACCUAACUGUUGAGUGUGCGGAUAAGCCGGAGGUGGUUCUUGUACGGAAGAUGCCAAGGAAUGAUGUUGUAUGGAAGAUAGACAUAGCCAAUGAGAACAAAAUGGAGUACAGGUUGUUUGUCGAGGAUGUUGAGAAAGAUAAGGAAAUGAUUGAAGGGCUUUGCACGAUUAGAGAGGAAGAAGGUAUUAUUAAGGAAAUAAAAACAUUCAAGAUCAGCUGA